GCUCUAUUAUUAGGCAUUGCAUCGUCUCGUAAUGRUGACUGCGUACUAAUGAAGUUAUCAGGAAAAAAUUUCGGGCCCAUUUAACUGUACCAAUUCUCGAAAUUGUAAACUUAACUCAAAACACAGGUCUCAGUCGUGAAGUAGAGCAAAAAUUUCAACCAAAGGUUGGAUUUUUGUCGAGUUAUUGGUCGCAAAGUGCAACCGACGCAAGCUGAACUUCUUUGUGCUCUAGUAGAGUAGAGCACGUAUAUAGUACAAGCUUYACGAGAAAGAAGGAUGAAUGAAUCAGUUGUUAUACGUGUCUUAAUAGAUGAUGGAACGCCAAGACUACCCUUGCCUUUCCGUAUUCAACUGUCUCUUACCGGUCUAAGAUUUAAGCAAAUGAUAGAAGCACAAGAAGGCUUUGGAGUCAGCGAACAAGAAUUAUACUUCCAAAAUAUCCAGCUCGUAGAUAAUCUCACACUUGGACAGCAAGGUGUAUCUGAUGAGAGCCAUUUGGAUUUGAGAGUGAAUUUUCAAGAAAUUCCCUCUCCAACAAGGAAGAAAGGAAGUACGUCAGAAACAGAGGACUGUGUUGUACCUGAUAUAGAUGAUGAAGAUAAUGUCUUCAAUUUCGAACAGCCUCGUGUUCCUCCAGAUCCUCGAAUUUGGACAAAGUGGGAAGUUCUYGAAUGGCUUAAGUGGGCAAGUGAAAGAUAUAAUGUAAGAGAUGUAACUGCCGAUAAGUUCUUAAUGAAUGGCAAAGGAAUGUGUAUGCUUUCACUUGAAGGAUUUAUGUUCAGAGUACCUCGCGGCGGUGACGCAUUGUAUAAAGAUUUUCAUAGAAGACUGACUGCUGCCGUUGAACAGUCACGACACUUACAAAGUCUUAUGAACAGAUCUAGAGGACACAGCUCUCCUGGCCCGUCAAAUUUUUAUUACGUUUAUUGAAGUAGGAUUUAGUGGACAUUAUUUAUUUUAUGUACAAAAAUAUGGGAAAAUAUAUAGUAUACUAAAGACUACAGUGUACAUUCAAUGUAUGCUAUUUAAAUGGAGGAAGAGUUACAGAAGAAGUUACAUGUAAAUAUUAUUGAACGUUUUUCACAAAAGUUAACUAGGACAUGAAUAAACAAGGUGGAAGGAUAGUGUACAAAUUAUGCUGUCCAACGGAAAAACAUUUUUGUAUUUGAAGCUGAAGUUUCAACCAAAAUUGUAACCAAACAAAAGCAUUCAGCUGAAUUGUUGAGUUUAAUUUUCAUGCAGCAAAUAUMAAUGUUACAAUGAAUAAUGUACAAUGGCAUUGACAAUGCAUCAACAAAAUAUCAGUUAAAUCUGAAAAAAUUCAAAACUCACAGCCAAGUUUGUUUUUUUAAAGUUAUAGUUAAGUAUUCAAGGUUUGUUUCUGUUGCUGAUGAAUUUACCAAUUUUAUUGCUUGUAGAAUUCUCAUUUUUCUUCCCUUCAAUUUAACUUUAUUCAUGACUACGUGAGCUUAUACAGUUUAACGGGGAUCAUAGUUAUCUCUAGAAUUAUUUCAUUUGCUUAAAAAUA